AUGGUCUGCGUAUGGCAUGACCUGACUGAAAUCAAGAGACGUGAGGCUGAGUUAGAGAAAGCGAAGGAGGCUGCAGAGGCUGCUAGCCAAGCCAAGAGCCAGUUUCUGGCUAACAUUAGCCACGAAAUCAGGACACCCAUGAAUGGUUGCAAGAUCGAGGCUCGUUCCAUAGCGUUGGAAUCCAUACCCUGCAGCCUCAGAGAAGCCAUUGAUGAAUCACUGUCCUCAGUUCGGGUGUUAGCACUGCAGAAGGACCUAGAGCUCAACGCUUUUGUCGAGGAUGCCCUUCCUUCGGAGGUCAUUGGAGACCCUACCAGGAUUCGCCAAAUUUUGCUCAACCUGCUUUCCAAUGCAAUCAAAUUCACCGAGAGUGGCAGAAUCGAACUACGAGCCUUUAUCAAGGACCCCAAGGAUUCGCUGACAGUCCAUCCCCGUCUGUCACCAUGCACUUCAUCCUGGGCGGAGGGUAAGGAGCCUGGAAAGCGGAUCAGGUUACUGGGUGAUGCUAAGGAUUCUACGCAGAGAAGUGACCCCACGAUCUCUCUCAUUCAAUUUGAGGUGUCUGACACUGGAAUUGGAAUAUCUGAGGACAUGAUUCCGACGCUUUUUCAACCGUUCACACAGGCAGAUGAGUCAACCUCAAGGAAGUACGGAGGCACAGGGCUGGGCCUAGCUAUCUGCCAGUCCCUUGUGACCCUCAUGGGCGGUAAAAUAUCAAUCUCGUCCACACUUGGUCAAGGCUCAACGUUCUCCUUCACACUGCCAUUUCGAGUACCAGAGACAGCUUCAGGCCCACCACCAGAGAUUUCUCCUCGGAUGCUCACCUCAGGAAGGAACAAUUUUGUUCCUGGACUUGCAGAAGCAUCAGUGCACCUUCCUCCCCUGCAUGUCUCAAUACCCCAUUCAACCUCCCUGGAGUCCCCGUCUCCUUUGGUAGAGCUGCGCUCGUUUGCAGGGCUGAGGUGUCUGGUGGUGGAGGACAAUCCGGUGAACCGAAUGGUGGUGGUGAGGCUGCUGGGCAGCCUGCAGGUCACCUGUGACGUGGCAGAGGAUGGGGUCAAGGCGGUGGAAGCAUGCCAAGCCAAGGAGUAUGACGUCAUCUUCAUG